AUGCCGUCUCUAUUGGAUAUGCCAGAUAUGGCUAUGGAUGGUAUAUUGGAAAAUUCUGACUUCAUUGCAGUUCAAAUCCUUCGAAAAGUGUGUCAUGGGUUGCGUAACUACAUUGAUGACAAGAUUCCUGAUUCUAAAUUGACAAGAAUUUCAAUUUCUAGAACUAAAUAUCUAGUUUCCAUUGAAUAUGUUCACGCGGAUUAUCAGAAAGUAUCCCUAUCAUAUCACGAUCACAACGAUUCUUCUUGUGUUUCUAACGGACUCAAAGACAAAGUGAUCAAUCAGAAACCGUACAUUGAGACAUUCUCCAACGACUUUCAACUAAUUCUCCGCCACCAGAAAUCGAUUUUAAUAGAAUUUACAGUGGACAUGAGACUUGCCACGGAUAACAAGUUCAUUGAUAUAUUGAAGAACAUUCUGGAUUCUAGAACCCAUUGUCUACAAGUCAACAGCUUCGAGACCUACGUGUCGGACACCUCAGACGUCCUCCGAAUUCUACCGUAUCUCGACGCGAAAACUCUAAAAUCCAUCGGGAUCUACGUGAGGGAUUCUGGACGGUUUGAACAUGAAAGUCUUCUGAAUUUCAAUGAAAUCGUGGAGUUGGAGCAGUGGAAAAUGGCGAAAGAGGUUUAUGUCUCGAGGCGGGUUGCUCGGAUCCCGUUGUGUCAUUUCUCGCAUUUUUUGGUUGGAUUUGUGAUGUUGAAAUCGGUGACAAAGGAAGGGAUGAGCGGGUUGAAAGAGAAAUUCCAACAAUCACCGGAAUUCCGAAACUUUUGUAUCGACUACUCCGAAUUCCAGGACAUGGACAAUUUCUUGACUUCCCUCGGACCUGCUCAUGAGUUUUUAAAAGAAAGAAAAUGGUUCUUCCGGACUCCAAAUGAUGAUAAAUGCUUAUCGAUUUUCUAUGAUAUACCUAAUCAUCAAUUCACAUUUGCUCAAAUUGAAAAAGAGUUUGUUCCUGGAGAUGCAGUGAUUCAGGAUUGA